AUGGUCGUUCGUGAAUUCUUGCUUCUGAGCAUCAAGAAGAGCUCAGUCACAUUAUGCCCGCCUCCCCCCACUCCUCCGACUACUUAUUAUGCGUCGACAGCGGUGGCUGCAUCUCGCGGAGACGAUCACGGCGCCGCAAACGAGACUGAAAUCAUAGGUCGGGAGGUGGCUGGAAAAGGGCAAAUAUGUGGCGCUGAGUGGCAGCGGUGCUGGAUUCCGGCGGAGUUUGUGGCAUUUUCUGGCCAGGAGUUCUGGGCGUAG